AUGCUCGCUUAAUCGAUAUUUCAACUUAACAAAGAUAAAUAAAGACAAAUUAAAAGGAUGAUAAUGUAGAGUCAAGAGACUUAUAAAAGAAGUUUGAAUUGGAAACAAUAAAAGAACUACGUAGUGGAGAUUAAAAACUUAUAGAAUAAUUAAAUGAAGAGGCUUAAGUAUUAUCAGAAACGUUAGGAUUCAAAAGAAGGAAUAAGUCCUGUUCGUCCUUUUUAACGUAAGCAACACUAACCUCAAUAAACAAAAACCAUAAAGACAUGGGGCACAAUGAUUGCUGCUACCAAGUUAGAAGAGUUAAAAAAAAAUUAGCCAUUUCUCUAUAAUGAGCGUAAAAAAUCUCCAUUUGAUGAUAAACUUUUUUCAUUAUUUAAAGAAAUUAAUGAUAGGAUAUUUUGA